AUGACACCAACAGAACUGGUGAACACCAAACAAGAAAAGGAUGAAACCCUAAAAGCGUUCAUGCAGAGGUACAAUGAGACUGCACGACGAGUGAAAGACGCGAAUCACACUUUCGUCAUCAACAAUUUGCCCUCCUAUUUAAAACCAGGAUAUUUUGCUAAACAACUGUAUGCCAAGCCACCAAAAUCUAUGGAAGAACUCCAGGAAAAGAUCGCUAAGUUUAUUCAUAUUGAGGACUUGAGGAACUCAAGGAAGAAGCAACAACAAGAAGUCCCCACCAACGAGAAUAAGAAGGAAGCGAAGCGACCCUCUAACGGCAAUAAAGGGCAAGAGUACUUGAAGAAGCCCUACACACCGAACUCCUCACGGUCCAAAGGAAAUGCCGACGAAAGUAGAACCUGUCGUUUUCACCAAAAUCAUGGUCAUAACACAAAGGACUGUAGCACACUGAAAGAUGAGAUAGAAAGCAUCGUUCGUGCGGGCUACCCUCAUAAAUACGUAAAGGAAGAAGCCGCCAGAGCAAGAAGCCCUCCCAGGGGAAAAAUUACGCGCAGAAGUCCCGAGCGGACAUCUCGGAAGGACGAUCGGCAUAGGCGACACUCCGGAAGCCGCACUCGUGAUCCCGAGCGAGAAAGGUCGGUCCGGGGGCGAAUUGAUACCAUAUAUGGAGGCUUCGCUGUAGGGGGCAUCAUCCUCAGCUCACAAGAGACAUUUGAGGAGCUUAAAAAUUGUUCACAUGAUUUUCACGCCUCCGACCCUGAUCAGGAUGAUCCCAUGGUCAUCACCGUUGAGAUAGCACGGUAUGAUGUCAGUAAAGUGUUGAUCGAUCAGGGCAGUUCGGUCAACAUCCUAUACUGGGCCACAUUCCUAAAAAUGGAUCUAUCCGAAGAUAUAAUAGCCCCAUUCAAUGAGCAAAUUGUGGGUUCGCAGGCGAAAGAGUGGAUACUCGAGGAUAUCUCGACUUGA